ACUGUUCAACAAGAAAUAUACACAAACUAAUAAAUCGAUAACACCUUACAAGGAACAACAAAUGACAAUUCUUGUUAUGAAUGUUGAAAUAAUAAAGUGAUUUAAAAAAAAUACCAUGGCAUUGAGUUUAAAAGAUGGUAAAGUUUUGCCGUUUGAAACCGCUCUGGACCAAGCUGGUUUCGGCUGCUACAGCUACAUCCUCACAGCCCUGGCGGGUCUGAUCACAGUCUCCUUCAUGUGGAUUUCCACCAGCGUCUCCAUCGUCAUCCCAGCGAGCGCCUGUGAGCUGGAAACCAACAGCGGUCAACAAGGGCUGAUGGCUGCGGCGCCUGUUGUUGGAUCAGUGGUCGGUGCUGUAAUGUGGGGCUACCUGGCAGACACCCGUGGUCGGCGCAAGAUGUUGAUGCUGUCUCUCCUCCUGGGCGCCACGGUGAACGCCAUCGCCAGCAUUUCGGUCAACUGGAUCAUGUUGAUGAUCCUCCAAUUCCUAGCCACUGUCAUGGUAGCGGGUCAGUUCGCAGUCUCCAUGACCUUGCUGAGUGAGAGUGUCCCGAUGGCCAAGAGGAACGUCUUGGUCUUACUAGUCACCAGUAUCUUUAUGUUGUCCCAAGGUCUAAUGGCUGCAAUAUCUAUUCCAAUAAUUCCACUAACAUUUUCGUACCACCUCCCCGCUCUUGGGAUUUAUUGGAACUCCUGGCGGACGGUUAUGCUGGUCUACUCCAUUCCCUGCCUCGUGUGCCUCCUCUGGUUAUUCUUCAUGAAGGAAAGCCCCAAGUAUGUGCUGGUACAGGGCGAUGAAGACAGUGCAAUCAGGAUAUUGAAUCACAUUUAUAGGAUCAAUAGACGUGGGAAGGACCUUGGUAUAUCAGGACUAAUUCGACCAGAAGGCGAAGAAACCUCGAUAUCAACAAAGAAACAAAUAAAGCCGCUGUUUCAAAUGCCGCUUGUGAAGCCAGUGCUGAUAUUGACCACACUACUUAUUUUCCAGCUAAACGGCCCAUUCUUGAUUUGGCUGCCAAGGAUCGCGAACCAGUUCACCAGUAUCCUGCAGUCUGGAGAUGCUGCCGACCUCACUCUCUGCAAGAUCAUAGACCUCAGUCUUAAUACUCCGGACGAUCCUGACGUCGUACCUUGCUCGCUCAACGAGACCGCUUUGAUGCUGGUGCUAAUCGUGGGAGCCCUGCAAUGUGGUACCAACGUGUUUGUUAGUCUCGUAAUAGACAAAGUGGGGCGUCGUAACAUGGUGAUGAUAGUGACGUCCGUGUGCGGUCUCUCCGGGAUCCUGGUGAACUUGAUGCCCAACGCGAUUGCCAGCGGCACCUUCUUCGUCAUCAACCUGGUCGGUCAGAUCACCCUGGGGUUGUACACGGCUAUUGCUGUCUCGCUUGUACCAACACAACUCAGGGCCAUGGCCAUCGCUCUCGCGAUCACCGCCGACCGUCUCUGCUCGUUCGCCAGCAUUCAGAUCCUCAACUUCUUGCUGGAGAACCAUUGUGAAGUGGGAUUCUACGUCUACUCAGCAAUCUUCGCCUCUUCAGCUUUGAUUGCAGCUCUACUUCCAGAUGACAGAAUUCGGAAACGGAAACCUGAACCGCUGGAAACGAAUAUCAGUAUUUCUAAGUUGUGAAUACUAUUCUCUGUUUUAGAAGUACGGAGAUAAAGAAGACUGUUGAGAAAUCAAUUUCUAAUUUAAGUUAAAACUACUUUAAUUAUUAUCAUAUAAAUAUCUACAUACCUAUUAGGUAUAUUUAAAUUUAUUUUUAGUGACGUAAAAUAUAAAUAUCUUUUUACAGUAAUUAUGUCUAUUUCGUUUUUAUGAAUGAAAAUAAAGAUAUCCAACUGGAAAUUAUGGGCAUCAAUAAAAAAAAAAGAGAUUUUUUUUGUCAAAUAUAAAUAAUGUAAUAAUCUAAUAGGCACUUAACAUUACAAUUAAUUAAACAUCUAAUGAUAUAACUAUCGUCAUUUCACGCGAUCUUCGCUAUCUGGACUCUCAAUUGCUUUCUUCUGCAUCUGUUUCCGAAGCAGUCGAUCGUCAGGUAGGAACGACGCCACUAUUGCUGAUGCUGCAUAGAAAGAAGAAUUAAAAGCCAUGGUAAUCAUUUCAUAAGGCAGGUGUGCUUUUUGUUGCCAUCUUGGUACCAAAUAAGUUUUCAUAUAAACAUAAAUAGUGAACAUACAUACAUAUUGUCACGUCUAUAUCCCUUGUGAGAUAGACAGAGCCAACAGCCGUGAAAAGACUGAAAGGCCACUUCAGCUCUAUGGCUUUAUGAUGGAAUUGAGAUUCAAAGAGGUACAGGUUGCUUGCCCAUCGCCUAUUAGAGGUAUCCCAACUUUAAAAGCCUAUCCCUUAAAUAGAGAACCUUUGAAAUGAAAAGUGAAUAGAAAGUAACAUUUAGUGGCUGUAAGAUGUCAAUAAUUAGAGAACGUUCCAAAAAAGUCGUAUUCUUGGUCAUAAUUCUCUCGUUCUGAUCCUACCUGGUUGCCGAUAGUCAAUCUCAGGUCUACUUUCAGUUGUUUUCUUUCUAGAAUACAAUCGUGAGAAGAUCCUGGGCAAAACUCCAACAUGAUAACGGCGAAUUGUCAGUGGAUGAGACAAUACAGUAAUAAUACAGUAUACAAUAAAACUUACUAUUUUCUUGUUACUAUGUAAAUUUCUAUGCAAUAAAGAUAUUACAAACAAACAAACAAACAGGUUUGAAAUGAGUUAAAUUUGACACAUAAAGGUCAGAAAGCGGAGAUCAGGAUCUCGGGGUGUGUCAUAUGAUUAAUUAUCUAUGAGUUUCAAUUUAAUUGUCAAGAGAGAUAGGCUAACAGUUUGUAACGGACAUACAAUAAAUCAGUUGUGAUGGCGUCAUCAUGCAACCGAA